CCGGCCCUGGGUGUGGGUUGUGCUCGGGUAAACGCGCACCCAAUACAGGAACUCGUCUGGCAGGUCCGGGGUUUGCCCGGCAAGGAGAAGGGUCGCAAAGCGGUGGGUUUCCGUGCAGAGCCGAGGUGGAGGACUGGCAACGCUGAGAGCUCAAACUGGGAGGGGAAAAGCUCUGUGUUUAUAUCCUGUUGGAACUUUCCUUGGUGGUUCCUGCGUGUGUGCUCCAAACAUAGCCAGGAAAACCUGACUGUGUGCAAGCCUAAACUUGAACUGGCCAGCACAUGUAAUAGUGUCAGCACUUACCUGAUAAAUCAGGUUUAUUCAGCUUUUAGAGGAUGUUUGAUAUGGACUUAAAACUGGCUGCUUAGCUGAUAAAGCCUGCCAGGAAAAGACCAUCCAUGGAAAAAAACAAAUCGAGUAAUGGGAGGGAUGCCUCCUACGCUUGCACUCUGUCACCUGGGCACAGUGUUUGGAGCUUGUUCUCUGCCAGCUUUAUUGAACCAGGCCUUUAUUCUGGGGUGAAGCAAAUAACAUCAGGACCACAGCACAGGCUGGCUGGCGCUUGCAUGCACAGUUUAAUUCUCCAAAGCACAGAGUGAAUAUUGUUCCUGUCCUGGAGCUGUUUUUCCCCGACUGAGCUGCACACCAGGAAUUGUGUUAAGCUGCUGAGAAAAUCUGCUGAGCAAUUCCCUCUCUCUGCUUGCCAAAGGGUGGCUUAGGGGAGUUUCAUUCAUCUAAAGCCCCAGCACGAGGGGUUACAGCCUGGCUGGGCUCUCGCACCUGUAACCUCAGUGCUCAUCUCGCACAGAAAUGCACCAGGAGCAAACCAGCGCUCUCAGAUUGAGCACUGCUUUGCUCUGCUGCCUUCCCAGUGCCUGCUCUUUCAGUUCCCGGGAUGAAGAAAUCAGGCUUGCAGUCAAUAUUCAGUGUGGUGUUUCUGCUGCUAAUGGAUGUUGUGAGGGGAUUCUCCCUGAGUGCAGUGCAUGCAGCCUCUCCUCAUGGUUUGGUUUCCUUCUGCCAGCUCAGAAUUUCCCUGCUUUUCCCUUUCCCUUCCCACUGACCUUUAUUUUGCCCUCUAAUUGUCUUCCUCAACCAGCCUGCCUGAUAUUCCUGUUUCUGUGUGCAGACCAGCUCCAUCACAAAAACAGCAGUGAAAUUUGGAGCCUAUCUGACAAAUUGGCUUUUUACUUCUGUAGAAAGAUUAGAGAAGGGCAAAGAUGACUUUUCUGAGGUCUAGGUCAUACUGUGAUGACUGGGAUUUAUGAUCAGAUGAAAGGAGGCAAACUCAGCGCUAAUAAUUGCUGUAUGUGGGUAUCUCUUUGAGUCUGCCUUUCCCAACUCCUCUGCUGGGAUGCUGGGAUGAGCUUGGCUUGUGGGGAAGUGAGCCUUGGGCAUGACGUGUGGGGAAGUGAACCUUGUCCUGGUACGUGGCAUCCUGUCAGGGGAUCAGGGACUCAGGAAAAUUUGGGUGUGUUCAUGCAAAGGCUCUCUGACUGCCAGCAGAAUUGUGAACUAAUAACCCUGGGCAGAUGGCAAGGAAGCUUUGGGGGUUUUGGAGGGUUUUGUCAGUUAAAACUACAGCCUUUGCCCAGCACAAAGCAGGGCUGGACACUCAGGGAAGCUGCCCUGGGUGUUCACUUGUGCUGCUCAAUCCUGCUUUAUUGCUCAAAGAAUUGGAUGGUUAUUUAACCAGCCCCAUUAACCUUCGAGGGAAGGUGUACUCUAUUAAUAAUUUGCUAGAAAACUAACACUCCCUGUGUUUUAUUAUUGCAGCUGUCAGUGCCCUGGACACAGACAACAUCAGAUUGAGCAGAUCUGGGCAGGAUGGCAACAGUCAAGGGUGUCUCAUCUUUCAGUGCUGAGCAAGAAGCACAGGCUCUAAGGAAGGCCAUGAAGGGCCUUGGCACGGAUGAAGAUGCCAUCAUUGAGACCUUGACCAAGCUGAACGUUUCCCAGCGCCAGCAAGUUCUGAUCACCUAUAAAAGCACUAUUGGCAGGGAUUUGAUUGAUGACUUGAAGUCUGAGCUGAGUGGGAAUUUUGAAAGGGUGAUCAUUGGUUUGAUGACUCCUACCACCAUGUAUGACGUGCAUGAACUGAGGAGGGCUCUAAAGGGAGCAGGGACAGAUGAAGGCUGCCUGAUUGAAAUCCUGGCGUCUCGCACCAACGCCGAGAUCCGGCACAUCAAUGAGAACUACAAAAUCCAGUAUGGGUCCACCCUGGAGGACGACAUCGUCUCUGACACCUCGUCCCUGUUCCGCAGGGUGCUCGUGUCCCUGGCCACGGGUAACAGAGAUGAGGGAACAUUCGUGGAUGAGGCCCUUGCUCAACAAGAUGCUCAGGUGCUGUAUGAAGCUGGGGAGAAGAAAUGGGGAACAGAUGAGGUGAAGUUCUUGUCCAUCCUCUGCACAAGGAACAGGUGCCACCUGCUCAGAGUUUUUGAUGUGUACAGAGUGAUUGCUAAUAAGGACAUCACAGACAGCAUUAAAUCCGAGAUGUCAGGAGACCUUGAGGAUGCUUUGUUAGCUGUGGUAAAGUGCAUGAGGAACAAACCUGCUUAUUUUGCUGAAAGAUUGUACAAAUCCAUGAAGGGCCUGGGCACUGAUGACAGCACGCUGAUCCGGGUGAUGGUGUCCCGUGCUGAGAUAGACAUGCUCUACAUCAGGAGGGAGUUCCUGGCCACGUAUGGAAAAUCACUCCACUCCUUCAUCAAGGGAGACUGCUCAGGGGACUACAGGAAGGUCCUGCUCAGGCUGUGUGGUGGGGAGGACUAAGGCGGCCUGGGGAACCUGCUGGGUCAUGGCAAGCAGCUGAUCAUAGAAUGGUUUAGGUUCUUAAAAGACCUUUAAGAUCAUCGAGCCCAAUCAUGAUAAAGAUUUCUUUCUUUUUUUUUUUUUUUUUCUUUUUUCUCCCAAAUGCCUUAUUAAUUACUAUGAUUAUUGACUUAGGUUAGUUCAUGUUCUGGUUAGGUAGUGGCCAUUCUGGCUGACCCUUUUGAUACACUUUUAUGCUUGGAACACCCAUUUGCCUCCUAACUGGGCUGGCGAAGCCCAGCUUACACAGAAUGCUGUAACCAAAGGUAUAAAAGCUGUGUCCUGAGCAGCUGCCCCUCUGCUGUUGUGCUCACCAGCAAAAUGCACCAACUAAAGCAAACCUGAGAGUGAGAGGCUGCACAGGGAAAAGCCAACCUCAAUGGAGACUGCAGAACAUGGGUCUGCUCCAGUUGUUCAGUAGAAUUAAAACACAAAGAAACCAAAUAUCUAAAAUACAAACGCGUUUACAUAUUAACCUGCCUCUGUUAGUGUGGAGCAUUAACAGCCUGGCUGUGCUGUGUGUAUAUGUUGCCUGUAAGUGGGGAAUUGUCACUGGUGACAUGAGGAAAACCUUGUUCUGCCCUGGAGAGAGCAGUCCUGUGUUUUCUGGUCUGUCUGCUGGAUCAUGGGAGUAUAAAUAAUUAUACUGCAGAGGUGCUGCCUGGGGUGGGUUUCAGUGCCUUGGGUCUGGCUGGGUUUCAGAGCAUUGGAAAAUGAAUAAAGAAUUUGUUUCUGUAUUUCCCAUUGCGAUGGUGUGUUCUGGGGGGGGACACAGCAAGAACUCGUUUUGUCCAGAGAUCCUGGAUGGUGAGUGGCUGCAGCGCUGCUUUUUAUGCUGAUUCAUCCACAUUCUUUUAGUCCUUGUAUCCUUUUCCUCCUGUAAGGACUAUACAACACAUAACCUCAAUCUUUGUCUCUUCUUUA